AUGGAAAAGAUAGCCCAGAAAGAACAGAAAACGCCAGGAAAAACUGUACAGCCUACAAGUCCUGAGAGUAAGUGUCCUACUCCUGGAUGCAACGGUACAGGUCAUGCUACAGGACUCUACUCACAUCAUCGAAGCGUCAGGGUUGCUGGCUGUCCUAUCGCCGCUAAGAAGAGAAAACUCUCCUCCGGAGAUCACUCCAGCGAGAAGACCAAAAGGAACGAAAAGAAGAGCACAACACAGACUAUCGAAAAUUUGAACAAUGCGGAUAACGAAGAAGAUAAGCCAUCUACAUUAAAAGAGGAAGAUGAAGAAAGAUGUGCUUCCAAAACGGACAAAUGUUCAACGGAAAGUUUGCAGCUGGAAGAAGUAGAUGACGGGAAAACGGAAGUGAUGACGCCCGUUGAUGAAGCCGAAACGAGCACAGAGGAGACGGAGAAGGUGGACGAGUUGCCAAAGCGGCAAACGGAAGAGCCGAUGGAAGUUGAUGAAGAUACUAAAAGGAUUCAAGAAGCCGAAGCUGCUUUGAGAAGUCUAACUGGCGAUUUUGGUGAAGGAGCCGGUUUUUAUGUGGAACCCGACGAUAAACCCAUGUUCGAGAACUUAUUCGAAAAGAAAGACAAUGUUAAACCAUCUGGAGAGUCGGUAACCAAUUCGUGGAAAGAUGUUGUCAAUCUGAGUGCCUCUAGUAGUUCUUGUGGAAGCAUUGACAGGUCGCCGCUUCGAUCUCCCAUUUUGUCUCCUGUGUCGACUGUGAAAGAGGAGAGGAGAGACGAUUCGGAAUCAAGUCCGUGUUCAUGUAUUUACCGCGAAAGGGAACAACAUUGUCAGGCAGUGGAAAUCAAAAUGGAAGAUAUGGUCGAUACCAUGGAAGAAGAAGAUCAACCCCAGAGUCCCGAAAUGGCUCCUCAACCGGCACAUACAGGGUCUGUAACUUACGGAUCACGUGAAAUGUAUAUGUAUCAUCCACAACAACACGAUAAACCGGACUCUUACGACGUAGAGAAUUUAUUAAAAAUAGAAGAAGAGUGCGCAAAUAUUCAAUCAAUCAUGGCUUCUCAGCAGCAAUACGGACCACCUCAUGCGGUUUGUAAGGACGAUGGCGGUAUGGACGACGCCGUGACUCACGAAGUACCAAUGUAUAGACCGAGCUGUCAAAAUGUAAUUAGUGUUCCUCCCCCCGUAACUAAAAUUGAAAGAGUGUGUGAUCCGGGAUUAGAAUUUACCGGUUCUCCACAGUGUCAUUCCCCAGGUACUCAGUACUCUUCUCCCAUACCCUGCGAUACCGGACAGAUACUUCAUUCGUCAUGUUAUCAACCUCAGUUUCCAACCCCCAUCUCUCCAUCGACACCCACUACCACUUCGUGUGCAGUAGAAGAAAGUGCCCAAGGUAAAAGAUACGCUAUUCUCGAAGCCAAGCUCCAGGAACCGCCAAAGAGGUCGAUGAGUUUCGAAGAGCAUCUUCUGCCAAUCCCCGAUGAUGAUAAUCCUCUAGUCAUCGACGAGAGUCGACUUAGACCUCUAGACGACGACGAAACUAAUAGUGAACAUUCAAUGAGCCCGAUUCCAGUCAGUCAUAACGAAGUUCCGUACACCACGACAGCCACCAGUGGUCUUUCCACGGGUAUGCCAGCUUUCUCAAUGGACAGUAUCAAAGUGGAAAAACAGUUGAUGGAUUGUCAACCGCCUACACCUGAAGGUUCGAAAGGUAAAAGAGAUGAAGUUAGUAAAUUACAACAUGCAACGCUGAAUUGGACCAUUUUCCGAUCGAAUUCGUCAGAUCGAGUAUUGAGGCCCAUGUGUUACGUUAAACAGCUGGAUCUUCAAGAUUAUAAAUAUCCAGGAUACGUAUCCACGCCGACACCCAGGACACAGCUAGCUAAAGAAUUAGAGAAGUAUAGCAAGCCACCUCCUUCCGAUUAUGGUUACGAUGUACAUAAAUAUUAUAAUCGACCUAUCGCACCCAAACCCAAAACGACAGAAGUUAUGGAAAGAGAACCUAGUAUGCAUUCCAAACAAGGGACAACGUAUAAGCAGGAGUACCAGUACGAACCUCAGAUUCCAGCAGCCAUCAACUUGUCAACCAAAAAUUUGGAGCCAGUCAUUGACUUGUCGGCAACAGGAAACCGCACGGUGACCUUACAGUCGUUGGAUCUUAGUGUCAACAGAGUUGUCGGUGUUCCAUCUAGCCCCCAUCCAGCGAUUGUCCCAGCGGGAGGCCAGAGACCAUCAGUGCUGGUGACGCCAAAACCCAUGUAUCCACCCAACCCCGUCCCGGAAACCGAACAGACGGAACCAGUCGAUUUCUCGACGGGUCACGUGACACCCCGACCGGAAGUGUCUGAUCCCGUAAUAGCCGGUGCUGCCACCACCACGGCAGUCAUCCACCAUCCCGGAUCUCCUCCCGCUGUCAGCAGGACUCCGAUGGAACCAGCUCCUAUGUCUCCACCGACAACGCUUCCGAUUGCCGUGUCGCCUCACUGCUCACCUUCUCCUCAACCUCCUCACUCACCCUACCAACAGCUGCACUCCAUCCAACCUCCUCAAUCUCCCUAUCCUCAGAUCCAGAGUCCGGUAGUGGGAGGAGAAGCUGUCAGGUCACUAUCUCAUGUCACCGUAGGAGAUUAUGGAGCAUCCGAGAAAGAAAAGUGUCCGACACCCGGAUGUGACGGUUCUGGUCACGUGACCGGUAAUUAUUCUUCGCACCGAAGUCUGUCGGGAUGUCCGCGAGCUAACAAACCGAAAAAAUUACUCGGAAGAGAAGACAAAUCGGAAUCGGAACCGUUGCGCUGCCCUAUACCUGGAUGCGAUGGUUCAGGACAUGUUACUGGAAAAUUUCAAUCUCACCGAAGAAUUUCAAAAAGAAGCAUGAUUCCAAUCAUCCUACACAAUUUGACUAGUUCAAGUGCAUCUGGAUGUCCAUUGGCUAACAAAAAUAAAAUGAGGCAUGAAACUUUAGGAAAUGAUGGCAGACCAAUCAAAUCAGAAGGAGUAAGUUGUCCCACACCAGGUUGUGAUGGUAGUGGUCAUGCAAAUGGCAGUUUUCUAACACAUCGUAGCUUGUCAGGUUGUCCAAGAGCAUCUCAUGCUAUGAAAAAAGCAAAAAUGUCAAAUGAAGAAAUCAAUAUAACAAUAAAACCAAAUCCAAUUCUUAUUUUUAAGUUGUUUGUUAUUUCAUAUGAAAUGGUUUUUGCAUCUGGAUGUCCAUUGGCUAACAAAAAUAAAAUGAGGCAUGAAACUUUAGGAAAUGAUGGCAGACCAAUCAAAUCAGAAGGAGUAAGUUGUCCCACACCAGGUUGUGAUGGUAGUGGUCAUGCAAAUGGCAGUUUUCUAACACAUCGUAGCUUGUCAGGUUGUCCAAGAGCAUCUCAUGCUAUGAAAAAAGCAAAAAUGUCAAAUGAAGAAAUCAAUAUAACAAUAAAACCAAAUCCAACUGAGAUGGAGAAUGAUGCUGAUAUCAGAGCUUUAGAAGAAGAAAUUUUGGAACUUCAAGAAUACAAUGCAAAAGUUGAGUCAGAAAUGAUAAAAUUAAGAACUGACAUAACACAAAUGGAACAACAUAUUCGAACAACAGAAAGAGAUAAUCAAUCAUUUGCACAGAAGACAAAUCAUUUAUCUGAGUACUAUGAGUCAUUAAGAAAUAAUUUUAUUUCCUUAUUGGAUCAUGUAAAAAUUCCAAAUUUUGACGAAAAGCCCAAUGCUGAUAAUUUUGAUACUUAUCUUAAUAAACUUCAGUCUCUCUGUAUGGAUAGUUACAGAGAUGAAAAUAAAACUGUCUUUAAUUCUGUCAAACAAGCACUUCAAGAUUUUACUAUGCCAUUUACAAAAUGUUAUAUCUCAAGCAAGAGAGAAAAACAGAACAAUCUUGAAUAGAGAGAAAAAUAAUAAAGUUUUUUGUAUAUGAUUUUGUUUACAUGUGAUCAAAUGAUUAUGGAUUAUAUUGAGUAUUUAAAUAUAUUUUAUCCCUCAUAUUUUCAGUAUUAAAAGUAUUGUU